AUCAUGAUGAAUGCGUUGCGCGGCCGAGAGAGCAGCACGUUCAGGCGUUCCGGCGAGAACAUGAACCCGAUGUCGUGCGAGGAAUUGCUUCUGGUCAGCGAUGAGACAACGAUGUCACUUUCCUCGCCCUGAUAGUUAUCUGGUACAUGGGUCAGUGAGAUAUCAGUAGCUUGUAUCGAUCAAUCUACCACCCACCAAUCGUCGCCAGCCGCAGUUUCCGGCGUGAGAUCUUGGCCGAUGCUUCAGAGGACAGUCCCGCACUGACGAGAUCGUACGUGUCCAGAUCGUUCAAGACGGGAUCGUUUUCCUCGCUCAGAACAGACAUCAAUUCCUUCAGUUGCCCGAGAUACGGUGUGAGCACAACGAGUUUGUCCGUCCCGUAGCCCUGUUGGCCGAGAUACUUGAUGAUCUUGAGCACCAUCUUCGCCUCGUGGCUGUUUCGCUUCGACGACUUGGCGCCUUCGUGAGCGUUCUGCACUUUCGCGUCAUCGUCUUCGGGUUUGUCGUGGUCGAUGAAGACUAGGUUGUCCCGCACACCACGGACGUUCGGCCGGUUGAGGGUUCCCGGAGCAUCGACUAGAUCCGGAUAUGUGAGACAGCGCACAAGCGCUGAGAUUUCGGGUCUCAUCCGGUGCUGCUUGGAGAGUGUUUGGUGAGGAUAGCCUUUGAGAACGAGACGCUCAAACAACGAGCGAUUCAAAUCAAAUCCUUCUCCCUUUUCAACUGUCAACUGAUAGUUGUUCACCUUCGGUCGCAGUUGUCUGGCAUUCGAUCUUCAGUGAAUCUCGCGGAUAUACUUGCGGCACUCACUUGUGGUCCCCAAUCAGGAUCAGCUGUUUCGUCUGCUGGGUCAAAGCGAGGAAGCCUGGAUAUCGGCGGUAUAUUUAGCUGCGGCGUUGGUCGUGCAGCCGAUGAUGCGCUUGGAGCGGAGAAUGGACACUUGUUUCUGCCCGAAAAGCCGAUCCAGCUCGCUCUGGCAUCGGUUGAAAUGCUUUCCCGCUUUUGCGACUUCCUCGACCCGGGCUUUUCGGCACGCCUCAGUCCAUUCGGACAUCUUGGCAUUUCGCGCUGCGGGUGGCAUGUGCCAUAUCGCCGCAGCCUCGACGAUCUGGGGAUGAGAUUUGAACAUCCCAGCAUCCUUCCCUUCAUUCCAACGAUUCAGCAGAAUCCUCAGGAACCGAGAGCGCCUCGUAGAAGUCUUCGUCCUCGAACUCGAUAUGAGUCAGGAUGUCGAUGCCCUUUUGCAGCUGUUUCCACUUCCGGUCCAACGCCAGCUCAUAAUCUCGGCGGUCUGACUUGAGGGACGUGAUCUCUUGCCAAUCGAGCCGACUUAGUCGCGAUCCACCAGUUUGUUUCGACAAACUCAAAGGCUCUGUUCGUGGUGUCGAUUUACCUCCGAGCCGGACGAUACUGCCUUGCGGAACGCCGAUGUCGAGGAUAUCUUCGAGAAACUGGUCCAGAGCAUGGUUGGUAUAGCACACGACGAGAAUCUUCUGUUGAGCAUCAUGCAAGAUGCGCGCCAGGAGAGCGCCGAUAAAUGAUUUGCCCGUCCCUAUCCGCGCGAUUCAUACACGAAUAGAAAGAUGACAGGAUAGCAGACGCACCAGGCGGUCCUUGUAUCAGAGAAACAGGCUGAGUCAGGCCAGAAAGCAGCGACGCUGCCUGAGACUCGUCUAGGAUGAUGGGCUUUGUCGUUCGAAGCAAAGUGCCGAGAUUCUGGCGUGGAUCUGCUUUCACCGCUCUGACUACUCCGUUGGCAGAGUCGGGCAACAUCUCGAUAGCCACGUCCCGCGUCCAACACAAUAGUUCCUUUGCAAGUGGGAUAGUCCGCAUUCGCUGCAGGGCCUUGAGAACAGGCUCGUACGCAAAGAUGGCCGUAUCAAUCUGUAUCAACUUGAUCGACGGAAAUUUCUGCUUUUUGAUACGCAAGAGGGCUCUUGCCAUGCUCGUCUCUCCUUCGAACUGGAGGACAAUGACAGGGUUCUUGGCAGCGGAGAGGAGAUCUUCGUCGCGAUGGAUCAUGGGGAAUGCUACCAGUUCAUUGUCGACAAUGAGGCAGCUAGAACGGAGCAUGUCAACGUGCACCCCGACGCAGAAUGUAGACGGAGCUCACGUGUAGGACUGGUGCUUGAAGUAUUGCCGAUUGUCAACGAAAAACUUCUUUUUGUUUGACACCUUUUUGAGAAACCACAAAGGACUGGUGCACUCCAUUUGAAUGCCCCAGUGCGGAGAACGAUCGUCGGCCCCAGUGAAUAUAUCGUCCAGCACCUUAAAACCCUCGAUAACCAGUCCACGGUGACGUCCUUUCUUAUGCCCAAAUGCAAUCUGCAGCUCUUCUCUCAUCUCGUAUAGCAUGUCUUCCCGUAAUAGCCUAAACUGGCCGUCCAAACAGGGUGGCACGGCUUCCUCGGGCGUCGAGAACACCUCAGAUGGAUCAGUAGGUCGGAGAAAAGGCGGUUCUGUGCAUGCAAGCUCGUCCGCUGUAGGCAGGAUUGCAAUCUUGCGAUAAUCGACACAAUCGUUGUCGUGUCUUCCUCCCGGUGCAAUGUCAUCUUGAGCUGCUGCACUGAUCCGCGAUGACUCUGCGAGGUGUUGGAUCUUGUAUCCCAGCGACCGAGUCCCUUGGUCUGCUGCCUCGAUAAGCGCCUUCGUCACCUCGGGCGCACGCGCCAGCUCUAGAUAUGGGUCUGCAUCGUCGUCUGGAAGACGGCAGAGCUGAUACAAAAGCCAGGCAAAGGACGGAAGGCCGCGAGACAGCUUUUCUGUCUUGAAGACCGCGACCAGUGCGUCCCAGAAGAUUGGUGGGUCACCGACGACGGCUCGGAGGAUUUGAUUGAGAUAGGCGCCCCCGUUGAUGUCUCCGAGAUCGGGGGCUUGGAAGUAGGCGAUGGUAUCAGCAGCCUGGCCGUUCAGAGCGACAUCGGAAAGAUCAGAGCGCAUUGCGGCUUGAAUGGCACUGAGGCCCGCAGAAUUGGAAAUGAUUCGGUUGACACAGCUAACAGGAUCGGCCUGGCAUCUAAGCGCCUCGAGGAAACGUGAGGUAUUGUGCCGAGUCAACGGCGUUCCGUGCAAAAUGCUGAUGAACAGCUUGUUGAGUCUGGAGAGUCGAGCGUCGUCAUCCAUGGGAGAGGGAUCGAGGAGGGAGAGAAAACGAGGCAAUGGAAGGGUCAUGCUUGCAAUGCAUUACUUCACGGCGUUUAUCGAAGCUUGUCUGAACAUUGCGCGGGAAGUGCUCACGCAAACUGAGUUUCAAUGAAGGACAGUUACCGACGUUGACAAUGAGGACAUGGGCCUCCAUAUCCUGCUGAAUUACACUUGCAGGUAGCUCCAGGACAGCCCGCAGGUGGAACGCCGAAAAGGUAUUUGCAGUCCAUACAGUAGUAUAGUAGGAACCGCGUUUAGACGCCGUUGAUUGAGGCACGUGACAAAUCAAGCAUUGCACACAAUUGUACACAGAGCAAGACGGGGAAGUGGAACUCCACCUCCAACACGCGUUUCGAAGGUCGAAAUGCCUCCUCUCACCGCUGUCAACGCCCAAAUUGAUGACCUGGUCCAGCGGAAUCAAACUCUUGAACAGACGAACAAGAAGCUCGUCGAUGACCGUGCCGUUGACCUCGAUCGGGCAAAACGGGCCAUGCGUGAGGCGCAGAAGAAGUUCGAGGAAGAACGAGAGGAAUGGCACGACGCAGUGGAACGCAUACUGUCAUGUCAUACGCUGGAACAUCUCAGAGCUGGCGUGAGGGUCAAGGAGGCCGAGGUGCUGACAUUAAAGGAGAUGGAGGUGGCCAGACAGGAGAAGAUCGCGCGACUGCAUCGGGAUUACCAGCUGACGAAGUUCGCCAUGAGGGAGAAUGAUCUUGAGUAUCGGAUUGAAGAGCUGGAGGAGCAACUGGAAGAGUCGCAGUCUAAGCACGCUUCGGACUCGUCCCAUCUCAGCGCCGAACUUCGGCAUCUCCAGGGCAAACUUUCUGCGGCAGAUGAGGAACGGAGUGGUCUGGAGGACGAAAUGUCUAAGCUCAACGAAGAACAAACCCGACUCCAGGUCAAACUGACCACUUCACAAGACAAACUCAAGCGCGUAGAGUUGCAGCUCGAAGGCGCCCAAUCAAAUAAGGAGGACCUCGAAAGACAAAAUGAAGAACUGAAGCGCGCCAACCAAGACUUGCGGCAUCAGAUGGACAAAUGGCAGGAUUUGGAGAGUAAGGGAGGGGAAGAAGUCGAAAGUCUACGGCGGAAACGUGUCGAGCUUGAAGUGGCUGUCAAGGCGGCGAACAGUCUUCUGGAGAAAAGGGAAGAGGAGCUCCGGAAGCAGAAAGAAAAGACUGCCCAAUACAAGGCAAAUGUAAACGAAUUCGAGGCUUAUGCUGCAGAAUUGGGCCAAAACAAGGAGGAUCUUGAGAAACAAUUGGAACAGGAAAGGGCGCGAGUGCGCCAGUUGGAGACGACAGCGCGCAAACCACCGUCAACUUCUAAGCGAGUGCCAUCUCCCACGUUUUCUGAAGACGAAGUCGCCGAGGAUCUCGACAGGCCUGCAUCUCCUCCUGCGAAGAAAAAACCGAAACCAAGGUCCAAAGCUAGACCGAACAAGCUGUCGCCGGUUGCCGGGCCCUCUCAGCAGCCCGAGACUGACAGUGACAUUCAAGAACUGCCGGCCGCCGAGCCUCCCUCGAAGCCACGGAAAACUAAGCCUCAAUCGAAGGCAAGCGAUGCUAGGCAGACGUCCAGACCAGGCAAGGGUAAAGGCAAGGCUCAAGCUGUAGAAGAAGACGACAAGGAUCCAGACGAGGACCCUCCUUCAGGAAAGCGUAAACGGGAGGCAAGUCGUGCAUCGACUGUGGAGGCUGACUCGGUUCUACCCAAACCGAAACCACGAAGCAAGAAUGUGGCCAAGCCGGGCCGAUCGACAGGUGCUCGUGCGCAGAGCGUUACUGCUUUUUCAGACGCCGGUGGUGGUUCAGAAGAACCUGCGAAGAAAAAGAAACGCACCAUCUUUGCGACGUCAUCACAAACCACGGCUUUCAACUUUCCGACGCUGACGCAAAGCGCCGGGGAUGGGAUCAGUCUGAUACCGACUGAUCUCUCUCCGCUGAAGCCGACUGAUGCAAUACCCUCGCGGUCAACCAGCACCAUCAGCCGACCAAAUAGUGACAAGCGGUGGUCCUCGUUCGACCGGCGAAAGUAGAUGGCAUAGCCAACUAGUCCCAGCUGCAAUUUAUGUAGCGCCAGUAUCGCUUGAGGACUUCUUCAGUUGUUGAUGAGUACCGUUUAUGAUGAUGCACACCGUGACAGUGAUCGUAGUGAAACUUGAUCACGUGCAUUGAGCAAGUUUCCGAAUUCAGGUCUUUCGCAAGCAUGCAUCUUCAAGCCGUACGCCGAGCUUUGCACACCGUCUCCACAGUCAAUGCCUCAGAGAUAGCACAUUUCUCUCGUCUCUCCGCUCAGUGGUGGGAUGAGUCGGGCGAGUUCAGCUUCCUUCAUCAAAUGAACCCAGUCCGCACGCGUUUCAUUCGCGAAAAGCUACUUGAGGUCGCGCGCGACGAAGAUCCAGCCUUCAGUGCGCCUACCCAUCCACUGAAAGGUCUUGACGUGUUAGACGUAGGAUGUGGCGGCGGUCUCCUGUCAGAGAGUCUCGCACGUCUGGGCGCCAGAACCUGUGGCAUCGACGCCUCUGAGGCCAACAUCGGCAUUGCAAAGCUACACGCAGCUCAGGAUCCUGCACUGAGCUCUCCGUCACCCUCGUCUACCUCGUCUUUGACGUACAAACAUACAGCUGCUGAGGAUCUCUUGGCGGACUCUAAGCGCUACGAUGUAGUGUGCUCAAUGGAGGUGAUCGAGCAUGUGGACAACCCCGCCGGAUUUCUGGCCACCUGCGCACAGUUGGUCAAGCCUGGGGGGCAUCUCUUCCUUUCCACCAUCUCCCGGACACCACUUGCCUACUUCUUAACGAUCUUUUUGGCUGAAGAUAUGCUUCGUCGGGUAGCACCAGGGACUCACACGUACUCCAAAUUCAUCCGUCCCGACGAGUUGACUGGCUUUUUCCGGAAAUACCCUAAUCCUCAAUCACCUUGGGUAUCAGGUUCUGGCACUCCCACGCGGACUCAGGCAGAGAUCCGGGGGCUUAUCUACAAUCCCUUGAACACAGAAUGGAUCCUGUCCCCACGAAAUGCCUGGGGUUCUACAGAGUGCAAUUAUGUCUUUUGGGUACGGCGUCCUGCCUGAUCCGUUUCGAUAAUCCAAAACAUCUUUCUGUCUCAUUAUAUCUAUAUCCUCGGCUCAAGCGUCGACUGUCUGAAAUAAUACACAUCUCGUUUUGAAGAUCUCAGUUCGAGCUCAAGUACGAGCCUAGCAUUAAAAGAAGCACGUGACCGCGAGAGUGGCAAACACAGCCACCCUCUGUUAGUCCUUCGGUUCCUCUCUCGAGUUGCCUGACGCUUAUUCUAUAUUAUGGGAACCCCUACACCCACCAAUUGGAGCACCUACAUAGACCCCGCGCUACAGCAAGCAUCGAGCACGACGAGACCGACUGCAGCAACGCCCGCGGCUACACCGGUCCCAGCACCCGCAACACCAGCAGCACCUACGUCAACCGCUAUACAGCCUACUCCUGUCAGAGCAACACCUGCACCAAUAACGGCGUAUUCGCCUUACACAGUGGCUUAUACGCCGCAACAGUAUCAGCAAUUCCAGGCGUACCAGGCGCAUUAUGCGAAUAUCGCAGCAGCCACACGACAGUCCUUGACACAAACGCCUAUCACUCAAAUUCCAUCAGCAUCGACACCUGCAGCUCCGGCUGCCACAGCUGCGGUCGAAGAGUCGACGAGAGCACUAACUGCCACACCCCCUCAACCCGUUGCCUCUACCUCUCGAGUCAAGCUUGAUCGGACCGCCAACGGACCACUCAAUCCCGAUUUCGACGUCAACAACAUCAGACCGCGUGUAAAAGCCAUCGCGGAGCACCACAAACUCAGUGGCGAGAUACCAACAGAGGUGCUCACAUAUGUGGCAGCAGCCGUGCGGGCUCGAUUAGAGCAGCUGGUGAAAGAGAUGGCAGUGGCUGCACGACAUCGCACGGACACUCAAUUUGAUCGACCGGCGGGGACUUACGAGGGUGGUGGAGGACCGAUGUGGAGCCUCGUGAUUCGCAGUGAUGUAUCCAAGUUGUCGAAUCUGCUGGAACGAUUGGAGCGUGAGGAAGAGCUGAAGAUCCGACGAGAGCGGAAGGAGAGGGCAGACAUGACUGCUGCACAUACCGCUGCACUCGCCGCCCAGGCGGGGGGCAUGGGUGGAAUGGACUUGGACGACGAUGAGGGUGGUCGGAAGAAGAAAAAGAAAGAUGGGCCUGGGGUGACGGCACGCAACAUGUCAGAGGAUGUGCGCAAGAAAAUGUCCAAUGCGGUAGCGACACAAGCUGCUGGGUUGGGCGGCAAAUACUCCUGGAUGAACGCAACCAAUGCAGCGGCAGCCGCUGCCAAGCCAUUGAAGACAUCCACUCCAGCUGUAUCCACCCCAGCUUCGUCUUCUUCAGGUGGUGGCUGGGCGAGGGCUUACAUGCCCAAGAAAACCGCGGAAACCCCGCCCCCUGCCCCGGUGCCUGAAGCUGAAGACACGCGCGUCGCAAUUACUCUCCCUGAUGCUCAGUUUGUAGUCGAUAAGGACAGAACUUCUGGGAAACGCUGAUAUCCCCAAGUUCGGAAUGACAUUACUUUUGUAUCUAGCAUACCUGAAACGAGUACAACAGCUAUCUGAGAAAUCUGAUUCGCCCUGCAA